AACAUCGUCCCUAUCCCUCACUAUCAUCCAUCACCACCUCCAUCACGAGUCACUUCUUAUAGAUCACGGCACAAGGGAAAAAGAGAAAGGUCCAAGGUCCAGAGUCCAGAGACCGAGACCAAAGACCAAAGACCACAUGACAUCGCACGCUCAACUUGAUCCGCCGGAUCCCCCUACAACUGCAGACGACAAGGCUGGCUUCGACCUCAACCUGUCUCACGGUCACAGAGAUCUCGUCCAGGCCGUCGCUUUCAAUGCUUACGGCGAUCGUUGUGCCACUGGAGCCGUUGAUGGUAAGAUCCGCGUCUUCAACCGCCAUAAGGAAGGAAUCUGGCGUCUCUGCGAUAGCUGGACCGCCCAUGGAGGGGAAAUCUUCGAGCUCCAAUGGCUCCCACCUACCGUCUAUCCCAACCUCCUCGCCUCCCUCGGCGUAGAAGGCCGCUUCAAACUCUGGUGCGAAGACCCCUCAGCCGCACCCGGCCGCCGCUUCAGCCCCAGCUCCCGAUCCACCACGCCCGGCAAGGCCGCCUUCGAGACGCGCUCCAGCAAGGCCCCCUUUCGUUCCUUCUCCCUCAAACAUAACGACGAGACCCGCCAUACCCAUCUCGCCCUGUUGGCCACCGAUGGCCACCUCGUCAUCUACGAGAACGACCAACCCGAAAUGCUUUCCGAGUGGACCCUCGCCGACGAGUUCCCCGUCUGUCCCAAGCCGCCGCGCGGCGUCGAGCUGAGCUUCCGCGUCCGCUUCGAUCCCAACCCGGACCCGUGCUACAAGGCCCUCCGCGCCGGCGCCCCCGCCGAUUCGCUCGCCCUCGUCGUCGCCGCCAUGCACACCGUCAAGAUCUACCGCUCGCGCGACGUCAUCACCGCCCCCUACGGCGUGCCCCAGGCCCAACGCGAAUUCUACCUGGCCGCCGACCUCACCUCCGUCGCCCCCCACCGCGGCCUCGUCCGCGACGUCGCCUGGGCCCCCGGAAACGUCCGCGGCUACGACACCGUCGCUACCGCCUGCCAGGACGGCUGCGUCCGCGUCUUCCGCGUCGAGACCCCCUACGACGAGGAAGACGGGAAGACCUGGGCCAGCGCCGAUAUCGUCAAGCGCGACACCCAGCCCGCCACGCCCGAGCCGCCCCACCCGCCCCACCAUUCGGGCACCCCUCCAGAGAGGCACCACCUCCAUCACCAGCAGUCGGGCCUGAGCGCCAGCCUCGCCAAGUCCGGCGGCGUGAGCGGGGAGAGGCAGCCGUCCGGCCAGCCGGGACAGAUCGCCCAUACCGUCAAGGAAGUUGCUAAGCUCGACUCCCACCACACGCCCGUCUGGCGCGUCAACUUUGACGAUGACGGCCAGAUCCUGGGCAGCACCGGUGACGACGGCAAGCUCCUCUUCUAUCGCCAGACCCCGCAAGGCACGUGGGUCAAGAGUUCCGAGUUGGCCAUGCAGAAGACGAGAAUGGCCACUCCCUCUUGAUUUUUGCUUUGCAUAUUCCGAGCAUUGUUAAAGUAUCAUAUUAGCAGGAGUCUAGACAGACACAUGCCGAAACAGGUCCACAUUGCGCCCCCCCCCC